CUCUGUCAUUGUAGGACCCUAGAAGCUUUUCAUUUUCAUGGAAAAUCUUUCACAUUCUCGGAAACCAAACAGGGGUUCUUCUCAAGCUGCAUUCACCAAGCGAACGACAACUUGCAAUGGCGCUACCAACUUCUCAGGCGAAACCAUGUACGACGACGUUUUCGGUGGUCCGCCGAGGUUCGGUGGCGGUGGCCCGACUUUGUCGCCGAGGCCCGAGGACUACACCGAGAUUUUCGGCGGAUUUCACGCGUCUCGAGGUGCGUCGAUUCCGGUGUUGGAUCUUCCCUUGGUGGACGACAACGAGGAGGUGACAUUUGAUGUACGGAACCCGAGGUUUAACUACGCCGAGAUUUUCGGCGGCUUUGACGGCUUGGACUUCGCUGCUUUGUACGAGGAGAUGAGACAAGCCAACGGCGUUGAUGAUCAUGAUCUUUGUGGUGAUUCAUUUGAAGAAGCUCGGAUGCAGGCAGAAACCGAGUCUCUGUCAGAAGAAUCGGAUCAUUCUGGAAAAUAUUGGUUCUUCUCGAAGGGAGAUUAUUAUGAGCCAAUUGAUAGUAGUAUGGAGUUCAAUAUAUCAUAUCAUAAAGCUAAUCUUAGAAGCAACAGAGAUAUGUCAAAUGGGAAUGGGGUUACACAUGUUGCUCAGAUGCAUGCUGAUCCUGAAUAUGCUUAUAUAAUAGAAACUCCCUUGCAAAAGACAGAAAACAAGAAUCCACCGUUGCAUGUGAAUGAUGAUAUCAGUCUUGAGUCCACUGGUGGAGUUACAAAGAAAAAAGUUCUUCGGAAAACUGUGUCCCAUCCUUCUAACUGGACUCCUGGUGGACAAACAUUUAUAAAUAACUCUACUCAAAGAGAAUAUCGAAGAAAUGGCUCUUGUUCUAAUGAGAUGUUUGUAACAAUUUCAGAAAUCAACCUAAGAACACUUCCAUCUGAUGUGCCACCUCCCUCUAGGCCUCCACCACUUGUUGGUGUCAAAAAUGGAGACUAUCAAAAUGGUCAACAAGCUGCUUCUGGAGGGAGAAUGGGUGAUAGUUCACCUCCUUACUUUGACGUUCAGAUAGAUGCAAGCUCAGCUGCUGCAGCCUGUGCUGCUGCUAUGAACGAAGCAAUGGACAAAGCUCAAGCAAAGCUGAAGAGUGCAAAAGAACUACAGGAGAGGAAGAGGGAGGGCAUGAAAAACUUUAUAAAACCAGGUUCCAAGUCUGAUGGAAAAGAUAAGAAGGAAAGGUCCAGUAAGGCCGUUGAUGACUCCAGUGAUAUAAAAGAUGAGAGAGUGCAGGGCAUGUAUGGAAAAGAAGACAGUGGAAUGAAAGUAUCUGUUAGAGAGGAGAGGCAAAACGCUGUGAAAACCCCGGCACCUGAUUCAUUGGAAGGUGAAAAACUUUUGAAUGUGCGCAAAAGAUUUGUAGUUGAGAAGCGUGGGAAGGAAUCCCAAUUGAUUCAAGAGUUUGAUGCUAUUAAUGGAGCUGAUGAAUGGCAGGAAGCAACUCAAUUUUUUGAAUUGGUUAGAAAAGAUAAGUCAAGAACCUGUUUUGAGCAGACAAACAAUGAGAAAUAUUUGGUCCAGAGCAUGAAAUCUCAUGAGCUUCAGCAGAAAGCUAAAAAGGCAAGCAUCGGAGCACCGGGGCAGCAACCAGACAGUGAUAGGAAAGUAGAAGCUGUUAGGGAAGACCAUGAACUGGAGAAAGUUGAGAGAGACAUGAAAACAGCAAAAGAAAGUUGUGAAAGGGGGGAACUCACUGGAAUAUCAAAACCAGCUAAAGAGGCCCGUAGGCAUAAAGGGCAAGAGAAAAAGGUAAAAGCCGCUCAAGAGGUUAUUGAACUGGAGGAGAAUGGGCAAUCUAUAACAGCAUGGAAAACUUUGGAAAACGGAAAGAAACCAACUGGAGCUGAUGAAUUAGGAAAAUGUGAGAAGCGGGUAAAUGCUCAACAAAAGGAAAAUCAAGUUGAAGUUGGGCAGGCUAUGGAACAGAAAGAGAAUGGGCAGCAGGAGAAAGAGACUAGUAAAAUUAUUGAAAAUCUGGAGAGAGUCAAGGAGUGUCAAGAAAGGGAAGAUGAGGAGAAAAGCUGGAGGGAAGUUUUUGAGCAGAAAAAAAAUGAGACAAAACUUGAACAGGUUCUUGUUCAAGCAGAGAAUGAGAAGAGAGAGGCUCUUGAGCAGGACGAAAAAGAGAAGAGAUUGAAGGAAGCUUGUGAACAACAAGAAAGCAAGAAGAAAGAGAAGGAGGCACGUGAACUAGAAGAAAGUGAGAAGAUAUGGAGAAUGGCUCUUGAACAGAUAGAGAAUGAGAAAAGACUAAAACAAGCAUGUCUGCACAAAGAAAAUGAGAGGAGACAAAGAAAGGCUCUUGAACAGGAAGAGAUGGAGAAGACACAAAGAGAGGCUUAUGAGAAAGAUGAAAGUAAGAGUAGACCAAGGCUGCUUACUGAUCAAGGAAAAGAUGAGAUGCAACAAAAGGUUAUUGAAAGAGAGGAAACCGAGAAUAGACUGAAAGAGGCUUGUGAAAAAGAAGCAAUUGACAAAGGGCUCAAAGAAGCUUGUGAAAAAGAAGAGCACACAAAGAGACUCAAAGAAGCUCGUCACAGAGGAAACAAUGAGAAAAUGCUAGAAGAGGCAGUUGAGCAAAAGGAUUAUGGCAAACCAGCAAAAGAAGAUACAGAAAAUGAUGUCAAACAAAAAGUAGUUGAGCAGGAAGAAAUUGAAGAAUCUGAAGAAUUGCUGGGAGUAAAUUUUGUGUACCAGCAAACUGAAAGGGGUGAAAACGGGAAGAAACUCAAAAUUGCUGAAGGAACCCAUAAGCAUGCAGAGGGAGAGGAUCCUGUGGUAUCUGAUGAGGUAAAUAAGCUGGAUUAUAGCAAGAAACGUCAAGAACUAUUGGUUGGAAAGAAUGAUCAAAACUGUGUUGAGCUGGAAGAAAUUGAAGAGUCCGUUCCUGAAGAAAAUGGAAAGAUGGAGGCUGAGUUCAGAGACAGUGAGAAGAAAUCGGAAGCAAUGGGGAAAGGGGAUGUCAAUGGAAAGUUCAUUGCAUCUGGAAUGGCACCUUGUGACUUAGAAGUUAAAGUUAAUCAGUUUAGAAAGGAUGAUUUCUCAGUCUUGUGUCAUCAAGAUGACGGUGUGAAGAAAGCUGUUGAAGCUGGAAUUGGCAACAGACAAAGAAAUGCUGAGAAGAUUUACAGUUUCCCUGGAAUGGACUCUGAUAAUGAUAACCAAGGGCUGCAAUUUGCUUAUGAAUGGAGGGAAAGAGCAACAAAUAUGAAGGAGGCCCAGGUUUCCUCACAUCUUGAAGAAAACAAGGACAAGUUUGUGUCUGCUCAAGCAGUGAAAGAGUCUGUUGAAACUGGAAGGAAACCAGAAGAAGCUAAGGCCUCUGUGUUGGAAGAGAAAGGAAGCACUCAGAAAACAGUUAAGCAGGUUAAGAUAAGUCAGAGCAUGGAAAGUAAAGACAAGAAUAUGAAUGAAAGCCUUACACCAGAAGAGAAGCUAGCUGAAAGACUGAAAAGAGAAAGAGAACUGGAAAAGGAACGUCUUAAAAAGAUGGAAGAAGAAAGAGAGAGGGAGAGGGAAAGAGAAAAAGAUAGGAUAGCUGUUGACAGAACAGCUAUUGAAGCUCAUGAAAGGGGAUACACUGGAGCCUGUGAGAGGGCAGAAAGGGCUGCUGUAGAAAGGGCAACUGCUGAAGCUCGUCAAAGAGCAAUGGCAGAUGCACGUGACAAAUUAGAGAAGGCAUGUGCAGAAGCUAGGGAGAAGUCUUCUAUGGAGGCCAGGAUCAGAGCAGAGCGUGCUGCUGUGGAGAGAGCAACUGCAGAGGCUCGAGAGCGUGCUGUAGAAAAAGCAAUGGCUGAAAGGGCAGCUUUUGAGGCAAGAGAGCGAGUAGAACAGGCUAUGUCAGAUAAAUUUUCAACUUCUUCUACAAACAGUGGAAUGAGAACUAGCUCUUCAUCCUCUGAUUUACAGGAUCAGCAUUUUCAGAGCACCCGCUCUUUUGGUGGUUUAAGAUAUCCGUAUUCUUCUGCUUAUAAUGGAGCUGAAGGUGAAUCAGCUCAGAGGUGUAAAGCUAGACUGGAGAGAUACCGACGAACAGCUGAACGUGUGGCAAAAGCUCUUGAAGAAAAGAAUAUGCGUGAUCUUCUUGCUCAAAGGGAGCUAGCGGAAAGAAAUAGAUUAGCAGAAAUUCUGGAUGCUGAUGUUAAGAGGUGGUCGAGUGGGAAAGAAGGGAACCUGCGUGCAUUGCUCUCGACUUUACAAUACAUCCUUGGGCCUGAGAGUGGUUGGCAGCCAAUUCCUCUAACAGAAGUUAUAACUUCAGUUGCUGUGAAGAAAGCUUACAGGAAAGCCACUCUUUGUGUUCAUCCUGACAAAUUACAGCAACGGGGUGCAAGUAUUCAGCAGAAAUACAUUUGUGAAAAGGUCUUCGAUCUUCUGAAGGAAGCUUGGAACAAAUUCAAUUCAGAAGAGCGGUAGCCCCGUGUUAGUAUGG